GUAGCACAAUAGUGUGCGCGUUCUGUGGAAUAAAAUCUGAAAAAUCAAGUAACGUUAGCUGACGUUACCUUCUAGCUAAAUUCACAGAAUAACUAGGUAAACAUGAGUCCUGCUUCAGGACUUCCUGCUUCUUCGGGAUCCCCUGGAAGUAGCACACCUUUCUCCAUAACUGGACAUAUCCAGCAAGUCUACAGCCAUGUCAAAAUAGAGAAUUUGGUUGCAGGACUCAGUGGAGGUGUCGUGUCAACACUGGUGCUGCACCCUCUUGACCUAGUCAAAAUCAGGUUUGCAGUGAGUGAUGGACUGGACCUGAGACCUAAAUAUAAUGGCAUUAUGCAUUGUUUGAGAAAUGUGUGGCAGCAGGAGGGGGUUCGAGGACUCUACCAAGGAGUCACCCCCAACAUCUGGGGUGCUGGGGCAUCAUGGGGCCUCUACUUCUUCUUUUACAAUGCCAUCAAGGCAUACACUAAGGAAGGGCGUCAGUCUGAACUGAGUGCCACAGAACACCUGCUGUCAGCCGCCCAAGCAGGUGUAUUGACUCUCACCCUAACCAACCCUAUCUGGGUGACUAAGACUCGCCUGGUGCUGCAGUAUAACGCUGAUCCCACCAGGAAACAGUAUAAAGGGAUGAUAGAUGCACUGGUGAAGAUCUACCGGCAUGAGGGGAUACCUGGACUGUACAGGGGGUAUGUUCCUGGUAUAUUUGGCACAUCACACGGGGCAUUGCAGUUCAUGGCCUAUGAGGAGCUGAAGAGAGACUACAACAAAUACAAGAAAAUGCCUUCAGAAGCUAAACUGAAUGCAUUGGAAUAUAUCACAAUGGCAGCUCUAUCCAAAAUAUUUGCUGUGGCUACCACAUACCCUUACCAGGUGGUGCGGGCUCGCCUGCAGGACCAGCAUAAUAAGUACAAUGGAGUCCUGGAUGUGGUCAGGAGGACAUGGAGGAAUGAGGGAGCUGUAGGGUUCUAUAAAGGCAUGGUGCCCAACCUGAUCCGUGUCACCCCAGCCUGCUGUAUCACCUUCCUGGUCUAUGAGAACGUGUCUCGCUUCCUGAUGGGCCAGAAGUGAGGAGGACUAAGGAGACAGCCACGGAAGGACCACAAAAAGGAAGGGACUCAGACAGUGUAUGUGGCGCUAGAUAAGAUAAGCCAUGAACUGAAGUCUCCAGAACUGUCACAGCAGGUAACUGGAGCAGACAUAUCAUCUGGAUGCACCUCUGGCAGCCGAGUCAAAACAUGAUGUUGAUAAUGCUGAUAAUUAAAGACUGGUCUCUGUCUCUUCCUUGGAUGCAUCACAGAAGAAUAGACCUCACUGGAGGUAUUGUACAGGAUGUGCACAAAGCAAAAAGCAACCAUUCUUUCAAUGCUGCUGGCUGUGAUAUGAAUACUGUGUGUGUGUGUGUGUGUGUGUGUCUGUGUGUGUUAAAAGAGCAUACCUGCUAUUUUCAGGGUACUAAUGUACGCCCAAUUUGUUUUUAUUUAAUGUAUUGGCAUCAUACUGUAGUGCAUAUAAUAAUGUCAUAGGAAAUGAUCACAGUAAUAAUAAUAAUAAUGUCAUAGGAAAUGAUCACAGAUUACUGAUUGCACCGCUUAACAUCUUUGAAAUAAUGUUAAUUUCAGAAGUCUUCAUCUGAAAUAUCAGUGUUGAAUUGGCAUUAGUUCAUUUUCAGGUAAAAUGUUCUAUUAAAGUUUAAAGCUUUAUGUUGCUUUUGCAUUUCAGAUAAUUUUACAGCUGUGCUGUGUUCACUUGUCAUUUCAAAACGAUAUGAACACAUUCAUUUUUUUAUGAAUUCACCUGGUCAUGCAUAAACCAAUGUUCAACAAAAGUUAUUCUCUGAUAGUAAAACAUUUGUUAGCUUUUUAUAGCUUCAGAUUACAUUUAACAGCUGUCCUAUGUUCACUUUUCACUUGGAAAAGAUAUCAGCACAUGCAUUUCUUUAUUAACUUACCUGGUAAUGCAUAAACCAAUGUUCAAAUGAUGUUCUUCUCUGAUAGGAAAACAUUUGUUAGCUUUUUUUUGCUUCAGAUAAAACUUUAAAGCUG